AUGCUGAUGUCCCUGUCUACCAGUCUGCUCCUGCUGGUGAGCGCCGUGACCUCCACCCCUCUCCCGUCACAGCCCGCCCGUCAGUUACAGACCAAGUCACAGACCCCGUCGCCGACCCCGUCAGAGACAACCGAACCGACACCAACCACCCACGCCCCCAAACACGCGGGAGAAGGGUCCCAGGCUGACACGAAAGGUAUGAUGUCAUUAAAUAAACGAGAUGAAGAAAGUACUGAUGAAGCAACAACCACUGUUUCAGGGGAGACAACUACUGCUGAAACUGUAGAAGUGGAGACAACCACUGUUGUGACUACCGUAGACGAGGGGAUAACUACUCUUGGUUCAACAGUUGAAGGGGAGACAACUACUGUUGGAACAACAGUUGAAGGGGAGACAACUACUGUCGGAACAACAGUGGAAGGGGAGACAACCGCUGUUGGAACAACAGUAGAAGAGGAGACAACUACUGCUGGAACAACAGUAGAAGAGGAGACAACUACUGUCGGAACAACAGUGGAAGGGGAGACAUCCGCUGUUGGAACAACAGCAGCAGGGAAGGAAACCACUGUUGGAAUAACAAUAGAAGGGGAGACAACCGCUGUUGGAACAACAGUGGAAGGAGGGACAACCGCUCUUGGAACAACAGUGGAAGGAGGGACAACCGCUCUUGGAACAACAGAAGAAGGGGCGACAACAACUUUUGGAACAGCAGUAGAAGGGGAGACAACCGCUGUUGGAACUACAGUUUCAGGGCAUACAACUGCAACGAUUCCUGACACAACACAAUCUGCUGUUUCUAUCAGUGCCCAGACACUUCCAUCGAGCGACAACGACAAUGUCAAGUUAGCUCCAACAGCAGGCAGCAAUCUUGUUGCCACAUACCAAGUAAAUGUCAAUAUUGCCCCCGUAGGCGGGCCUUCCUCCAUUCACAAACAGACUGAAGCCCCACCAACAGAAGCUACCUCCAAAUUGACUUCCGCACCGUCUAAAGAAACUACUGUAGCAUCCACUCAAGCCAAAACCAAGGGCGCACAAACAUUGUCUAUAACUUCAGAUUCCUCAACGUCUGCCAAAUCCUCAAUAUCUCAAGCAUCUUCAACGUCCUCGACAUCUCCUAAAUCCUCAACUUCUCCAAAGUCGCAAACAUCUUCAUCAUCAUUAACUUCUCCAUCAGCACCUUCAACGUCCCAAGCAUCGUCAACAUCGGCAGGAGAACCAAUAUCAACAACAACAGAAACGAUUGAGUCAGAUACAACAGUAGGCAAUACAACUCACCAAACGCAAUCGUCUAUAGCCCCGUCAGGAACUCCCCAUACUGGAAAAGGUGCCCCUCCAAAGGUGAAAAAGAAAAAAGAAAAACCAACCCCUACACCCAAAUCAAAGGGGGAACCGAAAGGCAAAUCUCGUUCGAAAGGAGGCAAAGGUAAACAGAACAAUAAAGGUGGAGGGCCUAAGAAGUGGAAAAAUAAACCUAAAGGGACUACAGCAGUACCUUCAACAACUCCAUCGUCAACAGCAACAUCGGAAUCGUCACAAAACGAGAACACAACUUUGACUGAAAGUGACGUGACUACAGCUCAGUCGAAGGCACACGGCAAAGGCAAACAGAACAUCAAAGGUAGAGGGCCUAAGAAGUGGAAAGCUACUCGUAAAGGGACGACAGCAGUACCUUCAACAACUCCAUCGUCAUCAGCAACAUCGGGAUCGUCACAAAACGAGAACACAACUUUGACUGAAAGUGACGUGACUACAGCUCAGUGGAAGGCACACGGCAAAGGCAAACAGAACAUCAAAGGUGGAGGGCCUAAGAAGUGGAAAGCUACUCGUAAAGGGACGACAGCAGUACCUUCAACAACUCCAUCGUCAUCAGCAACAUCGGGAUCGUCACAAAACGAGAACACAACUUUGACUGGAAGUGACGUGACUACAGCUCAGUGGAAGGCACACGACAAAGGCAAACAGAACAUCAAAGGUGGAGGGCCUAAGAAGUGGAAAGCUAAACCUAAAGGGACGACAACAGUACCUUCAACAACUCCAUCGUCAAGUGACGUGACUAAAGCAGUGACUCAAGGGUCUUCCAGUGAAGACAUACCUACAACGUUGACAGGUCCCAAACAUCGUAGAACAACCCUGGAACCUGAUACAACAACUCGUCCCUCCAAUACAACGUCCUCCACUGUUGUUCAUGGUCAAGGGGUUAAAAAGGUUCGUCCAAAGUCCCACCCACAUCGUUCAGGGAGACAGAAACAUGCCACAUCUUCUCACAUGCCGGGACAAAGCAACUGGGAACCUUCUUCAGAACGUCCUUCGCUCGAGAGUAGCAGUGCGCGUACUUCCGGUGACGUGGGCGAAUACUGGAGCAACAGAGCUGGGAACGAGAAAGUCGACGUCACACAAACCCCCUCAAGGUCAUCUGGAAGACAUGGCGUCACUGAAACUAUCGACGAGAAGAAAACAGAGACACAGUCAGACAUGUUUUAUACCAACGAAGGACCGGGUAGCGAGGAUACAUCACUGAGCCCUGGACAGAAGCCCGAUCUAGAUUCUACAGAGGUCACCAUCAAGGCCGGUCACUACACAGUCACCGUCAGCCAUGACAUCCUCGACGUUAUCGUCAACUUCUUCAACACAGUGGACGCGAAUGAAGAUGACGUCAUCGACAGCUCUGAGAUGACGGACCAAUGGGAACAGCUGGAUGGCGACAGUGACGGUGUCCUGAGCCGCGACGAAAUCCAUGGGAAGAUGACGUGGUUCGAGCUUUACGCCAUGGACGUCGACGGGGACGGUAUCGCCACCAACAUCGAGUUCGAGAAGGCCACCAAGUCACUGGAUCUGGAUGGAAACGGGAAGGUGGAGCUAAAUGAGUUUAUCGUCAUGAAUGCGUUGGUGCGGAGCCAGAACAUGGACAAACACAACACUUACCGCCGCUAGAGGUCCCUUCAGUCACUUCCGGUUACUUCCGCCAUGAUGCUACGACAUGUUGUUUUUUAAUUCUUUGUCUGUACGCCUAACAUCUGUUUCCUACUUGCUUCUGUUCUAUCCACUAUACCAGUUCUCCCUCCGUCUACCCAUUCCCUCCUGACAUUUCGCAAUGUGCUUUCGUUCACCAUCAUGUCGGAUGCCCGUCUCUAAGUUAUCUCCCCUCAUGCUGUAUUUUAUGAUAUACUACUCAAAAAAUUAAUUUUUUUUUAAAUUGGUUGUUCUUUAACAAAUAGCAUAAUGAUGCUCCCUAUGAGUCAUUGCAUUGAUGUAAUGUAUAUAUUUUAUUUUAUCGACUACAGUGCGCCAGCGCAGCAUACCCAGGGAACCAGGCUGGAGAAAUACUUAUUUAUGAGUUUUGUGAAGUUGCGUAUUCUCUGUCGAUUGAAACCCCUCCGAUCUAUAACUAUGUACAUUGUUUUGUUGGAAAAUACGUAAGAUGGAUGUCUAUAAACGAUUUUAAUAUUGACUUGUCGCAACACAGUGUUAGAGUCCUCUUCCAUAGUGUUUUCCAAAUCGUUUGUUUGUUUGUUGUUUAACGCUGCAUGCACUAAUAUUCAAGCUAUGACGGCGGUCUGUAAAUGAUCGAGUUUGGACCACACAAUACAGUGAUUGACAUCAUUGGCAUCGAU